AUGUCCCACGCCUACAGGAAACAGCUGUGGAGAGACAGCAUCUCGCGUGUGAUCAAGCAAAAGCUGAAGGAGGAGCGCGAGGCCAAGCGUGCGCAGCUGGACGUGCGCCAUGACUACAUCCUCAGCAUCGUGGCCUCCUGCGUGGGCCUGGAGAAGGCCGAGGUGGAGGACGCCAUCCUGGAGGGCACUCAGAUUGACAGAAUAGAACAGUUCUUUGUUGCCGAUGGCCGUCUACAUAUCAUGUUCUAUUACCAGGAUGUGGAUCUGCCUGAGACAGGUAAAGAGGGAAAGGGGCUGAAUUGCAGCUAUCUAUCUCUUCCAUCCAGCGGCGCUCUUCUACAGAUGAAGGUGUUUGUGACGGAGGGCCGUGACGUGGCUUUAACAGGAGUGUGUGUGUUCUUCACACGCGCCAAUGCCGCCAAGGCCAUCACCACAGAGAACAUUCACAGAGAUGUGAACUUUAACAUGCUGGACACGACGGAGGUGGGUCUGCUGAGGAGUGUGGAGCAGCUGCUGUCCGACAUCUUCAUCCCCACGCUGAGGAAGAUGAACCACGGCUGGGGCGAGCUGGCCGCUCCGCAGGCCCAGGCGGUCAAGAACGACUUCAUCAGCUCCCUGGACAGCUUCGUGUCCGUGCUGGCUGGGGCGCAGGAAAGCCUGCAGGAGAAGGUGAACCUGAAGGAGUGUGACGCGUUUGACCUGCGGACCCUGAAGGGCCCCUCGGACUACGUGGCCGUGGCCAACAACACGGAGGCGUUGGAGAAGAUCGAGGCCUGCAUGAAGGUCUGGAUCAAACAGAUAGAGCAGGUCCUGGCCGAGAGUGACCAGUUGAGGAAGGAGGCGGACGACCUGGGCCCGCGGGCCGAGCUUGACCACUGGAAGAAGCGCAUGUCCCGCUUCAACUACCUGCUGGACCAGCUCAAGAGCCCCGACGUCAAGGCCGUGCUGGGAGUGCUCAUGAUGGCCAAGUCCAAACUCAUCAAGGCCUGGCGUGAGCUGGACAUCAGGAUCACAGACUCAGCCAAUGAGGCCAAAGACAACGUCAAGUAUCUCUACACCCUCGAGAAGUUCUGUGACCCUCUGUACAACAGCGACCCGGUGUCUAUGGUGGAGGCCAUCCCCGGUCUGAUCAACGCCAUCCGCAUGAUCCACAGCAUCUCGCGCUACUACAACACCUCGGAGAAGAUCACCUCGCUGUUUGUAAAGGUCACUAACCAGAUGAUAACGGCGUGUAAGACCUACAUCACCAACAACGGCUCAGUGUCUAUUUGGGACCAGCCGCAAGAGCUGGUGACUCAGAGAAUAAAAGCAGCCAUCCAUUUAAACCAGGAGUACCAGCGCUACUUCCACAAGACCAAGCAGGCCCUGGAGAAGAGUCCCGCGGAGCGGCAGUUUGACUUCAGCGAGAUGUACAUCUUCGGCAAGUUCGACACCUUCCAGCGGCGUCUCAAUAAGAUCCUCAACAUGUUCGACAUCAUCAACACAUACUCCGCCCUACAGGACUCCAAGAUAGAGGGCCUGGAAACCAUGGCAACAAAAUUUCAGGCUAUCAUUUUAGCAAUGAAGAAGAAACCAUACAGCUUUCUUGACCAGAGGAGGACCGACUUUGAUCAGGACUAUGACGAGUUUUGUAAACACACUAACGAGCUACACAACCAGCUGAAGGCCUUCAUGGACACCACUCUGGACAAGAUCCAGAACACGGAGCGGGUGCUGAGUGUGCUCAAGAAGUUUGAAAGACUGGGCAUCCCAGACCUGGGCAUCAGUGAGAAGUACCAGAAGCUGCUGCAGAGUUUCGGCCGGGACAUCGAGAUGGUGCUGCGCACCUACAUGCGGCAGAAGCUGGACCCUCCGCUGGGGCGAGACCUGCCGCCGGUGGCCGGACGCGUCCAGUGGGUGCGGCAGCUGUUCCGGCGCAUCCAGAGCCCCAUGGAGACGUUCCGGACGCAGCCGGGCGUGCUGGACGGGCCGGACGCCAAGCGCAUCAUCCGCAACUACAACCGCCUCGCCAGGGUGCUGCUGGAGUACGAGCUGCUCUACCACCGGGGCUGGAUGGACCAGAUCGAGGUGGCUAAAGUGGGGCUGCAGGCGUCCCUGCUGGUCAAGUGCCCAGACACAGGCGAGCUCUACGUGAACUUUGACCCCCAGAUCCUGACGCAGAUCCGGGAGAAGGACUGCAUGACGCGCAUGGGCCUGGAGAUCCCCCCGUUCGCCGCCGUCCUGCAGCAGAAGCAGCACGUGCUCAAGAGGCACUACAACCAGCUGCAGCUGGUUCUAAGUGAGAACAGGAGAGUGCGGGGGAAGAUCCAGAGUGCGUUUGAGCAGCUGCUGUCCCCCCACGUGGCCCGGGUAGACGAGGCCAUCCUGCCCGGCCUGACCACUCUCAACUGGACCUCCCUGAACAUCGACAAGUACAUCAGCCACAUCACCGCUGCUCUGGAGGAGCUGGAGCUGCUGCUGGACCGUGUGAAUGACCUGGUGGAGUUCAGGAUCGACGCCGUGCUGCAGGACAUGAGCUGCACCCCUCUGUGUGUGCUGCCCGACGACGAGCCCUUCGGCUGCGAUGAGUUCGUCCACAAGACAAGGGAGCUGUGUAUGAGCGGCGCCCAGACGCUGCACACCAGGAGUGCCCUGGUGGAGGAGGCGGCCAACGAGCUCAUCAACAUGCUGCUGGAGAGCCAGCAGCCGCACCACCCCCCGCACAAGCUUCCGGAGCCCGAGAGCCGAGCCGAGAGCAAGGCCGAGCCGCCCGACAGCAAGGCUGACCCCGCCGACAGCGAAGGAGAGGAGGACGGGCGUUCGGAGGGCCGGCUGGUGUCCCGUAACACCACGGCGGUGCCCAGCGCGGGUCCGUCCUCGCCCCAGCAGCAGCAGCGGCGGCGGCGUAAGCGUGCGCUAGCGGAGGUGCUGGAGGAGGAGGCGCAGGAGCUGCUGUCCCACCUCAACCACCGCAACCUGGACGCCCUGCUGCGGCUCACACGCAACACCCUGGAGACGCUCCGCAAACGCAUCCACGCCUCCUCGCUCAUGCACUUCCUGGACAACGAGUCCUCUGGUAGGCAGCGCAGCAGUGCUCAGCAGCCCAUCUUCCGUGCGAGUGUGACUCUGAGCAUCCCCAACAUCAGCAUGGUGCCCGCACUGGACGACGUCCAGCAGGCCCUCAACCGCGCCGUGGACAGCAUCGUCAGCGUCAGCAAGGGCGUCGGACAGUGGAGCAAAGAGAGGAUAUCCAAGAAGAAAAUGAGUGAGCGACGCAUGGCAGCUCUGAGGCAGGAGAGCCACGAGAGCGAAUCAGACGAUGCGGACACAACCUACCACAGCAUGGCCGAUGGCAGCACCUCGGACAUCUCGGCCUCGGUUGCCCAGGCAAUGCCCAUCCAGGCGCGUAACUACCACAAGAGCAUCUCGGAGAACAAGGAGAUCGUCAAGCUGGUGUCCGUGCUCAGCACCUCCAUCAACUCCACCAAGAAGGAGGUGUUGAACGCACUGGAGCGUUUCGGCCGCUACCACCACAUCUGGAGGAGGGACCGGGGAGAGACCAUUCGCCAGUUCAGCCAGGGGACGCCGCUGCUGUCCGAGUUUGAGUCGCAGAUCCUCUACUACCGGGACCUGGAGCAGGAGAUCAACGCUGAGCCGGAGUUCAUCACCGUCGGGGCUCUCGCCCUCUACACAGCUGACCUGAAGAUGGCGCUGACGGCCGAGACCAAGAGCUGGAUGGUGGACUACGGACACCACUGCAACCGCAAGUACCGCACGGAGAUGGAGCAGAUCUUCUCCUUCGUGGAGGAGGCCGGGAAGAAGCUCAACCGGCAGAUCAAGGACCUGGACGACAUCCGCAUCGCCAUGGCGUCGCUGAAGGAGAUGAGGGAACAUCAGAUCUCCAUCGAUUUCCAAGUGGGCCCCAUCGAGGAGUCGUACGCCAUGCUGCACAAGUACGGGCUGCUGGUGGCCAAGGAGGAGGUGGAGAAGGUGGACACGCUGCGCUACAGCUGGGAGAAGCUGAUGUCCCGCGGCACAGAGGUGCAGAACCAGCUGGGGGCGCUGCAGCCCAACUUCAGGGGCGAGCUCAUCAGCAACGUGCGCACCUUCGUCCAGGACUGCGCACACUUCUACCAGGACUACGACAAGGAUGGGCCCAUGGUGGUUGGACUAGCUCCUCAAGAUGCAAGUGAUCGACUCAUCAUGUUCCAGAACCGCUUUGAUAACCUCUACAGGAAGUACAUCACCUAUACUGGAGGGGAGGAGCUCUUUGGACUUCCUGUUACCCAGCAUCCUCAGCUGUUGGAGAUCAGGAAGCAGCUGACCCUCCUCCAGAAGCUCUACGGACUCUACAACAACGUCAUUGACACAGUGAACAGCUACUAUGACAUCCUGUGGGCAGACAUCCACAUCGAGAGGAUCAACAAUGAGCUGCUGGACUUUCAGUCUCGCUGCCGCAAGCUUCCCCGGGCGCUGAAGGAGUGGCAGGCCUUUCUGGACCUGAAGAAGACCAUCGACGAGUUCAGCGAGUGCUGCCCCCUGCUGGAGCUGAUGACCAACAAGGCCAUGAUGCCUCGUCACUGGCGCCGCAUCACCGAGCUGACAGGCCACGGCUUCGAGGUCGAGGCCGACACCUUCAAGCUCCGCAACAUCAUGGAGGCGCCGCUCCUCAAGUAUAAGGAGGAGAUCGAGGACAUCUGCAUCAGUGCGGUGAAGGAGCGCGAUAUCGAGCAGAAGCUGAAGCAGGUGAUCGCCGAGUGGGACAACAAGACGUUCACCUUCGCCAACUUCAAGACCCGCGGGGAGCUGCUGCUGCGGGGGGACAGCACCUCCGAGAUCAUCACCAACAUGGAGGACAGCCUCAUGGUGCUCGGGUCCCUCAUGAGCAACAGGUACAACACCCCCUUCAAAGGCCAGAUCCAGAAGUGGGUGCAGAACCUCUCCAACACCACGGACAUCAUAGAGAACUGGAUGACUGUGCAGAACCUGUGGAUCUAUUUGGAGGCUGUGUUUGUGGGCGGCGACAUUGCUAAGCAGCUGCCAAAAGAGGCCAAGCGCUUCUCCAACAUCGACAAGUCGUGGGUGAAGAUCAUGACGCGCGCGCACGAGAUGCCCAACGUGGUGCAGUCCUGCGUGGGGGACGAGACCAUGGGUCAGCUGCUGCCCCACCUGCUGGAGCAGCUGGAGAUCUGCCAGAAGUCCCUCACCGGCUAUCUGGAGAAGAAGCGUCUGCUGUUCCCUCGCUUCUUCUUCGUGUCGGACCCCGCGCUGCUGGAGAUCCUGGGCCAGGCGUCCGACUCCCACACCAUCCAGGCCCACCUGCUCAACAUCUUCGACAACAUCAAGUGUGUGCGCUUCCAUGACAAGAUGUAUGACCGGAUCCUGGCCAUCUCGUCCCGAGAGGGGGAGACGGUGGAGCUGGACCGGGCGGUGACGGCCGAGGGGAACGUGGAGGUGUGGCUCAACGCCCUGCUGAAGGAGUCGCAGCGCUCGCUGCACCUGGUCAUCCACCAGGCGGCGCUAGCCAUCCAGGAGAGCGGCUUCCAGCUCAUCGACUUCCUAGACUCAUACCCAGCACAGGUUGGUCUGCUGGGGAUCCAGAUGAUCUGGACCAGGGAUGCAGAGGAGGCCCUGACCAACGCCCGCUACGACCGCAAGAUCAUGCCCAAGACCAACCAGUCCUUCCUGGAGCUGCUCAACACCCUGAUCGACAUGACCACCAGGGACCUGGGGCCCGUGGAGCGCACCAAGUACGAGACCCUCAUCACCAUCCACGUGCACCAGAGGGACAUCUUUGAUGAGCUGUGUCGGCUGCACAUCAAGAGUGCGACGGACUUUGAGUGGCUGAAACAGUGCCGCUUCUACUUCAGCGAGGACGGUGACAAGAUGCUCAUCAACAUCACUGACGUGGCCUUCAUCUAUCAGAACGAGUUCCUCGGCUGCACGGACCGGCUGGUCAUCACACCGCUCACAGACAGGUGCUACAUCACCCUGGCGCAGGCGCUGGGUAUGAGUAUGGGAGGGGCCCCGGCUGGCCCGGCGGGUACAGGCAAGACGGAGACCACCAAGGACAUGGGCCGCUGCCUGGGCAAGUACGUGGUGGUCUUCAACUGCUCCGACCAGAUGGACUUCAGAGGCCUGGGCAGGAUCUUCAAAGGUUUGGCCCAGUCGGGUUCCUGGGGCUGCUUCGACGAGUUCAACCGCAUCGACCUGCCGGUGCUGUCUGUGGCCGCGCAGCAGAUCGCCAUCGUGCUCACCUGCAAGAAGGAGCGACGCAAGAACUUCCUCUUCACCGACGGCGACAACGUGGAGAUGAACCCAGAGUUUGGGAUCUUCCUCACCAUGAACCCAGGCUACGCGGGACGUCAGGAACUCCCCGAGAACCUGAAGAUCAACUUCCGCUCGGUGGCCAUGAUGGUGCCGGACCGGCAGAUCAUUAUCCGAGUGAAGCUGGCCAGCUGCGGGUUCAUCGACAACAUCGAACUGGCCCGCAAGUUCUUCACCCUCUACAAGCUGUGUGAGGAGCAGCUGUCCAAACAGGUCCAUUAUGACUUUGGCCUGAGGAACAUCCUGUCUGUGCUGCGGACCCUGGGGGCAGCCAAGCGAGCCAAUCCCAACGACACCGAGUCCACCAUUGUGAUGCGCGUCCUGAGGGACAUGAACCUGUCCAAGCUGAUUGAUGAGGACGAGCCCCUGUUCCUGAGCCUGAUAGAGGACCUGUUCCCUGGGAUCCAGCUGGAUAAAGCAGGCUACCCACACCUGGAGGCAGCCAUUGAUAAACAGGUGGCUGAAGCUGGUCUUAUCAGUCAUCCUCCGUGGAAGCUGAAGGUGAUCCAGCUGUUUGAGACCCAGUUGGUCAGGCAUGGGAUGAUGGCACUAGGACCCAGUGGAGCUGGAAAGACCACCUGCAUCCACACCCUUAUGAGGGCCAUGAGUGACUGUGGCCAGCCCCACAGAGAGAUGCGGAUGAACCCCAAAGCGAUCACAGCUCCUCAGAUGUUCGGCCGGUUGGACGUGGCCACCAAUGACUGGACAGACGGCAUCUUCUCCACACUGUGGAGGAAAACACUCAGAGCUAAGAAAGGUGAGAACAUCUGGAUCGUCCUGGAUGGGCCCGUGGACGCCAUCUGGAUCGAGAACCUGAACUCGGUUCUGGACGACAACAGGACGCUGACGCUUGCCAACGGUGACAGGAUCCCCAUGGCAACCAACUGCAAGGUUGUGUUUGAGCCGCACAACAUCGACAACGCGUCCCCCGCCACCGUCUCCCGCAACGGCAUGGUCUUCAUGAGCUCCUCCGUGCUCAGCUGGGACCCCAUACUGGAGGGCUGGUUGAAGCGACGUUCCUCCCAGGAGGCGGCGGUUCUGCGGGAUCUGUUCUCCAGCUCGUUUGCAGAACUGUUCCGCUACUCCGUGCAGGCGCUGCACUUCAAGAUGGACAUGCUGGAGGCCUUCAUCAUCAUGCAGAGCAUCAACAUGCUGCAGGGACUCAUCCCCCCCAAGGAGCAGGGCAGCGAGGUGUCUCAGAAGCAGCUGGAGCGUCUGUACGUGUUCUCGUGCAUGUGGAGCGUCGGGGCUCUGCUGGAGCUGGACGACCGCAGGAAGAUGGAGCGCUGGCUCCGUUGCCAUGACAGCAUCCACCUGGACCUGCCGGACAUCCCGGCCCACAGCGAGGACACCAUGUUUGACUUCCACGUGGCUGCAGAUGGUCAGUGGGUGCACUGGAACACUCGCGUGGAGGAGUACAUUUACCCGACUGACAGCAGCCCAGAGUACGGCUCCAUCCUGGUGCCCAACGUGGACAAUGUGCGCACAGACUUCCUCAUCCAGACCAUCGCCAGGCAGGGCAAAGCCGUGCUCCUGAUUGGAGAGCAGGGCACCGCCAAGACAGUCAUCAUCAAAGCGUACAUGUCAAAGUACGACCCCGAGACACACACAGCCAAGAGUGUCAACUUCUCCUCUGCCACCACCCCUCUAAUGUUUCAGAGGACGGUGGAGAGCUACGUGGACAAGCGCAUGGGCACUACGUAUGGGCCACCUGCAGGGAAGAAGAUGUCCAUAUUUGUGGACGACAUCAACAUGCCCGUCAUCAACGAGUGGGGGGAUCAGGUCACCAAUGAGAUAGUGCGGCAGCUGAUGGAGCAGAACGGCUUCUAUAACCUGGAGAAGCCGGGCGAGUUCACCAACAUCGUGGACAUUCAGUUCCUGGCGGCCAUGAUCCACCCGGGGGGCGGACGCAACGACAUCCCCCAGCGCCUGAAGAGGCAGUUCUCCAUCUUCAACUGCACCCUGCCCUCCAACACCUCCAUCGACAAGAUCUUCGGUGUGAUUGGCUCUGGUCACUACUGCGCUGCCCGUGGCUUCGUUGGCGCGGUGCGUGAGAUGGUGGCACACCUGGUGCCCCUGACGCGCCACCUGUGGCAGCAGACCAAGCUGAAGAUGCUGCCCACACCCGCCAACUUCCACUACAUCUUCAACCUCCGCGACCUCUCCCGCAUCUGGCAAGGCAUGCUCAACUCCACCGACGAGGUCGUCAACACACCUGAGCUCCUCCUGCGGCUUUGGAAGCACGAGUGUAAGCGCGUGAUCGCUGACCGCUUCACGUCGCCGGACGACGUGUCCUGGUUCGACGACACCUUGGCGCGUCUGGCGGAGGAGGAGCUGGGCGAGGCCGAGCGGGCGUGUGUGGACUGCGGCGUGGACGCUCACUUCGUGGACUUCCUGCGAGACGCUCCUGAAGCCACAGGAGAGGAGCCGGAGGACGCCGACUUCGAUAUGCCGAAGGUUUACGAGCCCAUCGCGUCCUUCGAGAGCCUGAUGGAGCGCCUCAACAUGUUCCUGCUGCAGUACAACGAGACCAUCCGCGGGGCCGGCAUGGACAUGGUGUUCUUCAGAGACGCCAUGAUCCACCUCGUCAAGGUGUCGCGGAUCAUCCGUACCCCACGAGGCAAUGCUCUUCUGGUUGGCGUGGGGGGUUCAGGGAAGCAGAGUCUUACCCGGCUGGCCUCCUUCAUCGCCGGAUACAAAACUUUCCAGAUUACCCUCACACGCUCCUACAACACGGCGAACCUGAUGGACGAUCUGAAGGGGCUGUACCGCACGGCGGGUCAGCAGGGUCGUGGCAUCAGCUUCAUCUUCACCGACAACGAGAUCAAAGACGAGUCCUUCCUGGAGUACAUGAACAACGUCCUGUCCUCGGGAGAGGUGUCCAACCUGUUUGCUCGGGACGAGAUGGACGAAAUCCUCAGCGACCUCAUUCCCGUGAUGAAGCGGGAGUUUCCGCGGCGACCGCCCACCAACGAGAACCUGCACGAGUACUUCAUGGGCCGGGUGCGGCAGAACCUGCACGUGGUGCUGUGCUUCUCGCCGGUGGGGGAGAGGUUCCGCACGCGCGCGCUCAAGUUCCCCGCGCUCAUCUCCGGAUGCACCAUGGACUGGUUCAGCCGCUGGCCCAAAGAUGCCCUCGUGGCAGUGUCGGAGCACUUCCUGUCCAGCUACGAGGUGGACUGCUCGGGCCAGGUGAAGGCGGAGGUGGUGCAGUGCAUGGGCUCCUUCCAGGACGGCGUGGCGGGCCGCUGCGUGGAGUACUUCCAGCGCUACCGCCGCUCCACCCACGUCACGCCCAAGUCCUACCUGUCCUUCAUCCAGGGCUACAAGGGCAUCUACCAGGAGAAGCGCUCCCAGGUGCACACGCUCGCCAACAGGAUGAACACAGGGCUGCAGAAGCUGAAGGAGGCGUCAGAGUCGGUGGCGGCCCUCAGCAAGGAGCUGGAGGCCAAGGAGAAGGAGCUGCAGAUAGCCAAUGAGAAGGCAGACAUGGUGCUGAAGGAGGUGACGGUGAAGGCUCAGGCGGCGGAGCGGGUGAAGGUGGAGGUGCAGAAGGUGAAGGACAAGGCCCAGGCCAUCGUGGACAGCAUCUCCGCAGACAAGGCCAUCGCCGAGGAGAAGCUGGAGGCAGCCAAGCCCGCCCUGGAGGAGGCGGAAAACGCACUGCAGACCAUCAAGCCGUCGGACAUCGCGACGGUGCGGACGCUGGGCCGGCCGCCGCACCUCAUCAUGCGCAUCAUGGACUGCGUGCUGCUGCUGUUCCAGCGGCACCUGAACGCCGUGCGCAUGGACCCGGAGAAGAGCUGCACUGCCCCCUCCUGGCAGGAGUCGCUCAAGCUCAUGACCGCCGGGAACUUCCUGGGCAGCCUACAGCAAUUCCCCAAAGACACCAUCAACGAGGAGGUGGUGGAGCUGCUGGCUCCGUACUUCGACAUGGCCGACUACAACAUCGACACGGCCAAGAGGGUGUGUGGCAACGUGGCCGGCCUCUGCUCCUGGACCAAGGCCAUGGCCGCCUUCUUCUCCAUCAACAAGGAGGUGCUGCCGCUCAAGGCCAACCUGGCGGUGCAGGAGAACCGGCUGGCCCUCGCCAACGUGGACCUGCAGAAGGCGCGCGCAGAGCUGGACGCCAAGCAGGCCGAACUGGACGUGGUGCAGGCGGAGUACGACAAGGCCAUGAUGGAGAAGCAGGCUUUGCUGGAGGACGCGGAGCGCUGCAGGCACAAGAUGCAGACGGCGUCCUCGCUGAUCAGUGGGCUGGCCGGCGAGAAGGAGCGCUGGACGGAGCAGAGCAAGGAGUUCGCCGUCCAGACCAAACGCCUCGUCGGUGACGUGCUGCUGGCGACGGCCUUCCUGUCCUACUCGGGCCCCUUCAACCAGGAGUUCCGGAACCUUCUCCUGACGGACUGGCAGCAGGAGAUGAGGAGUCGGCGCAUCCCGUUCGGCGCCAACCUCAACCUGACGGAGAUGCUGAUCGACGCGCCCACCGUCAGCGAGUGGAACCUCCAGGGCCUGCCCAACGAUGACCUGUCCAUCCAGAACGGCAUCAUCGUCACCAAAGCCGCCCGCUUCCCCCUCCUCAUAGACCCACAGACGCAGGGCAAGAUCUGGAUCAAGAACAAAGAGGCCAGGAGUGAGCUUCAGAUCACUUCCCUGAACCACAAAUAUUUCCGCAACCACCUGGAGGACAGCCUGUCUCUAGGGCGCCCCCUGCUGAUCGAGGACGUGGGCGAGGAGCUGGACCCGGCCCUGGACAGCGUCCUGGAGAAGAACUUCAUCAAGACCGGCACCACCUACAAGGUGAAGGUGGGGGAUAAGGAGGUGGACGUGAUGAAGGGGUUCCGUCUGUACAUGACCACUAAGCUGCCCAACCCGGCGUACACGCCUGAGGUCAGCGCACGCACCUCCAUCAUCGACUUCACCGUCACCAUGAGGGGCCUGGAGGACCAGCUGCUCGGACGCGUCAUCCUCACCGAGAAACAGGAGCUGGAGAAGGAGCGCACGUCUCUGCUGGAGGACGUGACGUCUAACCGGCGGCGCAUGCAGGAGCUGGAGGACAACCUGCUGCUGCGGCUCAGCUCCACGCAGGGCUCGCUGGUGGACGACCAGAGCCUCAUCCUGGUGCUGGGACACACCAAGCGCACCGCCGAGGACGUCACGCAGAAGCUGCACAUCGCCGCCGACACCGAGGUCCAGAUCAACGCCGCCCGCGAGGAGUACCGGCCCGUGGCCACGCGGGGAAGCAUCCUGUACUUCCUCAUCACGGAGAUGAGUAUGGUCAACGUCAUGUACCAGACCUCGCUGCGCCAGUUCCUGGGCCUCUUCGACCUCUCCCUCGCCAGGUCAGCCAAGAGCCCCAUCACCAGCAAGCGCAUCAGCAACAUCAUCGAUCACAUGACCUUCGAGGUGCACAACUGCGCUGCACGCGGCUUCUAUGAGGAGCACAAGUUCCUCUUCACACUCCUGCUGGCCCUCAAGAUAGACAUGCAGAGCGCACGCAUCAAACACGACGAGUUCCUCACACUCAUUAAAGGCGGUGCCUCAUUGGAUCUGAAAGGUUGUCCGCCUAAGCCAGCCAAGUGGAUCCUGGAUAUGACGUGGCUCAACCUAGUAGAGCUCAGCAAACUCUGGCAGUUCUCUGACAUCUUGGAUCAGAUCAGCCGUAAUGAGAAGCAGUGGAAGAGCUGGUUUGAUAGGGAGGCUCCAGAGGAGGAGCUGGUCCCUAACGCGUAUGACCAGACCCUGGACUGCUUCCGCCGCCUGCUGCUCAUACGCUCCUGGUGCCCCGACAGAACCAUCGCCCAGGCGCGUAAGUACGUGCGUGACUCUCUGGGCGAGCGCUACGUGGAGGGCGUGCUGCUGGAUCUGGAGCGGACGUGGGAGGAGUCCGGCCCGCGCGUGCCCCUCGUCUGCUUCCUGUCCAUGGGCUCCGACCCCACCGACUCCAUCAUCGCGCUGGGCAAGCGCCACAAGAUACACACGCGCUACGUCAGCAUGGGCCAGGGACAGGAGGGCCACGCGCGCAGACUACUGCAGCAGACCAUGGCCAACGGGGGCUGGGCCCUGCUUCAGAACUGCCACCUGGGCCUGGACUUCCUGGACGAGCUGAUGGACACUCUGACGGAGACGGAGGCGGUGCACGAGAGCUUCCGGCUGUGGAUGACCACUGAGGGCCACGGCCUCUUCCCCAUCACGCUGCUGCAGAUGGCCACCAAGUUCACCAACCAGCCCCCGCAGGGCCUCAAAGCCGGCCUCAAACGCACCUACGGAGGCAUUAGCCAGGACCUCCUGGACGUGAGCAACAUGGCCCAGUGGAGGCCCCUGCUGUACGGCGUGGCCUUCCUGCACUCCACGGUCCAGGAGCGCCGCAAGUACGGCCCGCUGGGCUGGAACAUCCCCUACGAGUUCAACCAGGCCGACCUCAACGCCACCGUCCAGUUCGUCCAGAACCACCUCGACGACAUGGACCUCAAGAAGGGCGUGUCCUGGAACACGGUGCGCUACAUGAUUGGUGAGAUCCAGUACGGGGGCCGAGUGACGGACGACUACGACAAGCGUCUGCUGAACACCUUCGCCAAGGUGUGGUUCAGCGAGCACAUGUUCAGCCCCGACUUCCACUUCUACAAGAGCUACAGCAUCCCCAGGUGCGCCAGCGUGGACCAGUACCUGCACUACAUCCAGGGCCUGCCCACGUAUGACACGCCGGAGGUGUUCGGCCUGCACCCCAACGCGGACAUCACGUACCAGAGCAAGCUGGCCAAGGACGUCCUGGACACCAUCCUGAGCAUCCAGCCCAAGGACCGCUCCAGCGGCAGCGGAGAGACACGCGAGGCCGUGGUGGCACGCCUGGCCGAGGACAUGCUGGACAAGCUACCGCCCGACUACGCGCCCUUCGAGGUGCGUGAGCGUCUGCUGAAGAUGGGAGCGCUGCAGCCCAUGAACAUCUUCCUGCGUCAGGAGGUGGAGCGGAUGCAGCGCGUGCUGGGCCUGGUGCGGCACACACUCACCGACCUCAAGCUGGCCAUCGACGGCACCAUCAUCAUGAGCCAGAGCCUCAGGGACGCCCUCGACUGCAUGUACGACGCACGCAUCCCCUCACGCUGGGAGAAGGCUUCCUGGGCCUCGAGUACCCUGGGCUUCUGGUUCACUGAGCUGCUGGAGCGGAAUCGUCAGUUCCAGUCGUGGAUCUUUGAGGGCCGGCCCAACUGCUUCUGGAUGACCGGCUUCUUCAACCCACAGGGCUUCCUCACCGCCAUGAGACAGGAGAUCACGCGAGCCAAUAAGGGCUGGGCGCUGGACCGCAUGGUGCUGUGCAACGAGGUCACCAGAUGGAUGAAGGAUGACAUCACAGCGCCGCCCGCCGAGGGCGUGUACGUGUACGGCCUCUACCUGGAGGGGGCCGGCUGGGACCGCCGCAACUGCCGCCUCCUCGACUCCAAGCCCAAGGUCCUCUUCGAGGUCAUGCCCGUGCUCCGCAUGUACGCCGAGAACAACGGUCUGAAGGAUCCUCGCCUGUACUCCUGUCCCGUCUAUAAGAAGCCAGUGCGGACGGACAUGAACUACAUCGCAGCGGUGGACCUGAGGACCACUCUGUCCCCAGACUACUGGAUACUGCGCGGAGUGGCCCUGCUGUGUGACGUCAAGUGACCUCAUCACAUAGAGACAGUGUUCAGUGACCUCAUCAGAAAUGGACUUGGAAUAUAUCGGGCUUAACAUCAUGAGAGCAGGACGGUGUAGAGUUGCUUUGGUGCUACAGUACAUCCUAAAGUGCUCACUUACUGGGAGUUGUUAGUAGUAGUAACAUGUUUAAUUCAGUCGAGUUAUCUUUGUAUGCAGUGCACAUCCAGACUGGCCUGGGAAUCUCAUUAUACAUAUUUAUUGUUCAGUAAGGCAGUCAUUUACACAAAAUGUACAUCUCUUUUAUACGCUAUAUUAUUAUGUACCAAUGAGAUCUCUCUUCAUAAAUGAUUUCAUGAUUCUAAAGGGCUUUUCCAGUUUGGGAUAAUUUCCUGACACUCCUAAGGACUUCUAAUGAUCUGAGAGCAAUAGGAGAGCUGUGGCCUUUAUGA